UCGUGCUUCCUGCCUUGCUGAGGGAGGGGACGGUGCUGACGGCUGGGAGGACGAAAGGAGAGACAAGAAAGCCUUCGGGAAGAUAUAAGAGAGUGGGGAACGGCCCGGGAGUCCACCGUCCGUCGGGAAAUAAACACCACAGUUUUCUGCAGCUGCUGGAUCUGUCCCCGAAUCGGCGCUGAAAAUGUCGACCAGUCGUCAGCUUAGCGAGAGCAGGGCCAUCCCGACCCGGACGGUGUUGAUCAACGACACAACGCAGCUACCUCAUGACUACUGUACCACCCCUGGAGGCACUUUAUUCUCUACCACUCCCGGCGGAACCCGGAUCAUCUAUGACCGUAAGUUCCUGCUGGACAGGCGUAAUUCUCCCAUCGCCCAGACUCCCCCAGCUCACUUGCCUGUCAUCCCUGGAGUGACCAGCCAACAUGUCCUGAGUGAGAACAAGAAGAAUGAAGCCAACAACCACAUCAACAACCAUGAUGGCAAGCCUACAACCGGUAAGAGAUACGGUGAUGACGCCCAGUUUGAAAUGGACAUCUAACCAACUGGAACCACACCAGCAAAAGGAAUUGACCUGGCAUCAUGCGUGCCAGUGGCUUGGCUUGUAGAAACCAAUGUUGUGAGCCCUCAUGGCAGCCAUCUUCUUUAGCUCUUUGUCUCACUACUGGGUGUAAUUUGUGUGAACCAUGGGGAUUCAGUAUAUCAUACAUACAGGUACAGUGUGGCCAACUCUUAUUUGAAUUUAUUUCCAUGGUUACCAGUGCAAAUCAACAUCUGCACAACAAAGGGAGCGGGGUCUGAAUAUUAUUUGUCUGGGUAAAGACAAACUGUCCAAUUGGUCGAUCGCUGUGCUCAUCUUAACAGCUUUCAGUGAGUCAAGAACCUUAGCAGAGCACAUUUAUAAUAUUCAAAGUUAAUUGGGGGAUGAGCUGGUCAUUUUUUAGCACCGGCCUUCGAAUCAGUCAAAAGCUUGGGUAUCCAUCACAGUUUUAAAGACCCUAGUAAGCACGUUAUUUAAUUUUUUUUUACUUGAAAAACUCUACAAUCCAUUACCAGUUGGACCUUUUCGUUUUCCGUGAUGCUAUGUAGGGAUGAAGAGAUGUUCCUAUUUUCCAAUUAGGGGAAGAUUUCAUGUCAUUCCACGAUAUUUAGUCUCCAUUAGCAACACAUGCCUGUAUGAGUUUCCAACUUUCAGGGUAAAACAUUUUUUAAAAUGAAGUUUUGGCUGCGAUUUAACAGUUUUGUAAUCGAAAUGAUUGUAUUUCCCAAUGAUGUGUAAAGCUAAAUAUGAGUCCAGCUAUUGAAAUUCUUUUCAGUUAGAGUUAGAUUCGGCCACAGCAUCGAGCCACUGAUUUCAUCACUGAAGUGGCCUCACUAUGACUCUUAAUUACACAUUUCUCAUCUGCCCAGCACAGUUACUACACUGAUAAAAAGGGUUUAUUGUGUUGGCAGAUAAUUACACUUGGCGCCAUCUUCCUGGUGACUUUGAAUAUCUGGACAUUUAGAGCAGCAAGGAAAUGGUUAAUAUCCCAAUGUUCUUUCUUGGAUGAGAUGCAAGAAGACGAUGAAAAACUUGAAAUAGUCCAGAUGUUUUAUAUGCAUUUUAUUUUUUUGAUGCCAUUUCUUAGUAUUGAGGGGUUUUGGUUGGGUAUAUGCACUGUCAAGCCUUUGGAUUUAUUAGACUGAACCAGAAAACAUUGUUUGCAUCACGGCUUGAUAGGUGCUAUCCCUGAAUCUACAAAUCUGUCCCGAGUGUCCUUAUCCAUUUUACAUUACCGUAUUCUUUUCAUGCGUCAUGCCCGCCCAUGCCUUACUUUACAUGAAAUGCAGUAACUAAAACUAGGUCAUCAAUUUGUACUUUCCAACAGAUGUUUAUUUUUUCACUGUAACAUUGAACAGGUAACAUUGGACUUGGCAAUUGAGCAACGCAAAUACUUUUUAUCUUUUAUUUUCGACAUGAUUUCCCUCCUCAAGCAGCUGUUAAGUUGACAGUGUACAUGUCUUUGUGGAAUACUGAAGUUCACACCUCAGCGUGGCGAGAGUACAACAUUUUGGCCCAAUAAUUAGUUCUUUAAAUCCACAAUCUUAGUCUUGUCUGAUAAUUGUACUCUGUCCACACAGCAGCUCUAAACUUGGGAAAUGAUUCACCACGACGUUCCUGUUUUCCAUUCGAGUUCGUUCGUCAUAAUUACUGGGACUUCUGAAUUCUGUCUAUAAAAAAAAAAAAAAGAUAAUAAAAUACCAUUUUCAGUUUUGACUUUGUAAUUAACUCUGACCAUGUUUGAUGACAAAUACAUCCAGGGGUUGCUUGAACCCAGUUUGCAUUGCACAUUGUUGGCGAUUUAAAUGUCUUCAUAUUACAUAAUUCAGAUGGCAGAUUUAUUUCGGAUCUGUUUGGUUUGACAAUGAGGGCUUUACAUUAUGUGUUGGAAGAGAUUUGAAACAAACUUACUGUAAAUUUCUGUUCUGAUUUUAAACAACUUUAUUUUAAAUGAAACUCCAAUGCCAGUGGACACUGUUGCUGCAAGAUCAAUAAAAUUCCGUAACAAAGAAA